GCCUGGGACACGACUUCAGAGACCUGGCACGAGACCAAGACAUUCCGGUUCUGAACAGUAACCGCAAGGAGACAAAAGUUUGACCAUGUACGCACCAUUCAGCAUCGGAUAGUCCAAACGCCAACACAAAAGCCGUGGACCACGCCUUCUGCUCCGCGGCCCUCGAUCCCAGGAAAUGCCGAAGUACCCAAUCGUACUCGCCCAUGGCCUCCUGGGCUUCGCAGAGCUGAAGCUCGCUUGGAACUACCUUCCCCCGAUCCACUACUGGCAUGGCAUCAAGGAGGCCCUGACAGCGAACGGUGCCGAGGUCAUCACGGCCACGGUCCCGCCCACGGGAAGCAUCGAGGAGCGCUCUGCCAAGCUUCGCGAGAACAUCCUGCGAGACUCUCACGGGCGGCCGGUCAACAUCAUUGCCCAUUCUAUGGGCGGCCUGGACGCGAGGUAUAUGAUCAGCUAUGCUCAUAGGCGGCGCGGCCAGCGAGGUGAGAAGCAGGCGCCCUCGAACGAUGUCAACGUGCGGUCGCUGGUCACCAUCGCCACCCCUCACCACGGCUCUGCCUACGCGGACUACCUCUUCGAUCAGAUAGGUCCGGACCGCCUGCCUGGGGUCUACGAGGCGUGGAAGCGCACGACGGGGCUCGGUACCGGAGCCUUUUCGCAACUCACCCGCAAGUACAUGUCAGAGGAGUUCAACCCAAGGACACCUGACGACCCAGAUGUACGAUACUUCUCGUACGGCGCAGCCCUGAACCAGAAGCCACCACUCCUCAGUCCAUUCCGGGCAUCCUUCAACGUGCUAAGCAGGGAGGAAGGGUUAAAUGAUGGACUGGUCAGCGUGGAGAGCGCCAAAUGGGGGACGUACAAGGGCACGCUGGAGAAUGUCAGCCAUCUUGAUCUGAUCAACUGGACGAAUAGGGUCAGGUGGGCGAUGAGGAGACUAACGGGAGAGAAGAAUCCCUUCAAUGCCACCGCUUUCUAUGUUAAGAUCGCGGAAAUGCUCAAAGAAGAAGGGUUAUAGAGGAGCACGCAGUGUUCAUAUGGUAAUAGACUAAUACCCAAUUUUCAUACUUAUGGGCAGACCAUAACCUACGUGGCUCCGCGAUCUCAAGCAGCAGAGAACCAGAUGCCCAUAUCAUUCAGGCCAUGUCGUUAUUUAAUGUUGGUCACAAAUCGAUGCCAAACAACCCAGGGCCAUCACAGAUCAGGGUCGGUCAGGUUGUUGCAACUAAUGUGCAUUUUCCAGAUGACAUUAUCCCCAAACAAUACACACAACCUCUAUCUUAUACGACUCCUGACAAUGUCUUCAUUCCUUUUCGCAACCCCAUCCAGGCAACUGCUCGCCAUAUCGAAACCGGCCUCAGUACUGGUCUACUCUCGAAAAACGGGAGCACCACAGUCAGAUCAAGACUGCUGUCCCUCGCCCCGGCCCUCAACCUUAGAAGAAGGGGACUGGGUCUUGCUAGCUAGAGGCUAGCCCUCGGUACUAGUCCCCGGGGGGGGCAGGUUGGCCUCGUCCACUUGGCGGAGCUUUUGCAUGGCGGUCGGGUCGUCAGCGGGCAGCGCGGAAAGGUGCCGCCAGGGGCUCAAUUACGAAAUGCAUUCAGAUCAUGUAUCAUAGCUGACUGAUAAUUUGGCAAGCGGCAAUAAAGUCGCGGGUGUCAUAUCAUCUGGUCUGCUCUCUUAUCUUAUAAUUAAUAUCCUGGCCCAUCGCCAACUGUGAUUAUAA